UGAAAUGUGAGCAGAAGAACACGGGAGCUAUUUCUGGAGAUUUUUUGUAAAAUUUCGCCAUUUUUACAUCCACAAAAUGGAUACCAAGGUUCAGCUACCAGCGUUCCUGCAACAGAUUUUCAAUGCGACUAAAGAAGAGUCGGAAGUUGAUCUGAGUUCUGUACAGUCGCAGAAACCACAGAACUUUAGACUUGAUAGAACAUCUAUGGGAGAAUAUAUUGUUCCUGAAGGCGAGAAACCAUUGACGUCUUUAGGAAUUCCAGGCCCAGGACCUGCUGAUUAUUCCCCAGAGAUCAGAGCCACUCGGUACGAACCUCCUCAUUAUUCUGUAGCCGGCAAAUAUAAAGUCUUAAAACCUAAGAAAGCUCCUGGUCCAGCUAACUACAGUACAGGGCGUGAUUUAAAAUGGAAAGACAGGCAUCUGUCAUUGAAGGGUCGUACUACUUCUAUUUAUGAUGACGAAGCUGCUAAAUCAGCAUCCGAUAUCGGUCCAGCUCGUUACAAUGUACGAGUCAACGAGGUGGGGAGUACCGGACCGAGAUACAGCAUGAGAACCAGGCAUCAAGAUGCUGGUCUUAAAAACAGCCUGAUUCAACCUGCAGAUGUUGCUGGUUUUGAAACUCCAGGGCCGAAUAACUGGCCGAGCUCAGGCUACUGGAGAUGCGGUCCUCAGAAAUCCUUUGGUAACAGCCGGAAAACAAUCAGCUCCCAAGAAGGUCCCGGUCCAGCGGAUUAUACAAUUGGAAACCCGGAGAGUGGACCUGCUUAUUCUUUAGCUAAACGGCUUCAGUAUCAAGAUGUAUCGAGUAAAGAGAACGUACCAGCGCCCAAUGUUUACGAUGUCGGGUCAACUAUUGGUCAGGCUGUAGCAAAAUCCAUGACAGCCAGGAGAGAAGAUUUACAAGCUCAGAAAUAUGGUCCGUCUCCGAAUUCCUAUUAUGUCAAAUCCACCAUGUUGGAUACCGAUAAAGCUAAAACUAUGAAGUAUCGGUGGUUCGAUAGAAACGAUGAAUACCAUCCCGGCCCCGGGGAUUAUGAAGUGAAACCAAAAGUGAUACAAGAGCGACACCCCGCUUACAGUUGUAGACAUCGAACCAAACUUUCUUAUCCUGUCAGCAAAUAUAGCGGCUUGGGACCAGAAAGUUCCCCUGGGCCAGCCAACUAUAAUUUAACCACGGAAUUUUUGAAGAAUGAUAGACCAGCUUUUUCUAUCGGCCACAGAAGUAAAACCUGGCAAGACAUUGAUGGACCAGGACCCAAUGAAUACAAUGCUGAAAAAUAUCCCAAACCGGGUGCUCAGAAGGCGCCUGCUUUUAGCAUGGGGAAAAGGAUUAACCGGCUACAUAUAGAUCAAGGUCCAGGACCGGCAGCGUACCAUCCUGUAGUUAAAGACUCGGGUCCUAGCUAUACCAUAACUAAACGAUCUAAACCAUUGAAAAAGUUUACCAACCCAUCUCCCAACAAAUAUACACCACCCUCAGAACAAACUCAUAAAGGUCUGCCUACGAAGAUGGGAACAAGCUUUAAAAGUCGAGCCAGUCCGUGGAUAUAUUCAGGAUUUAAGACCAACAAGCUGUAUAAUCCAAUUCCAAGUUGAAUAAAGAACCAGCUAGAGUGAAGGGUGGCGAAAGGCUAAAAAUGUGUCUAAUCAUGAACAAUCUUAAAGAAAGUCUCGUCUUUACAUCUAAUAAUUUUUUGUAACUCAAAUUUUGUCAUUAAGCUGAUGAAAUACCAUCCAAUAAACGCUUUAAAUAUUUC